GUCUGUUUCUCCGGAGCCUUUCACCAAAACCGAAUACCUUUUCUCUAGAUCCGAUUGUUCGAUCUUGCUUCCUUGCUCUCUUGAUUUCGUCAAUGGCGCUUAAUCUUCGUCAAAGACAGACAGAGUGCAUAGCACGGAUGCUGAAUCUGAAUCAGCCCAUAAAUGCAAGUGGAACAGCAAACGAGGAAGUUUACAAGAUACUGAUCUAUGACAAGUUCUGUCAAGACAUAUUGUCUCCUCUGAUCCAUGUAAAGGAUCUCCGCAAGCAUGGUGUAACCCUAUACUUCCUUAUUGAUAAGAACCGGAAGCCUGUUGCUGAUGUUCCUGCUGUUUACUUUGUAAAACCUUCUCAACACAACAUUCAAAGGAUCAUCUCUGAUGCGUCUAAUUCCCUAUACGAUUACUUCCACCUAAAUUUUUCAUCAUCAAUACCUCGCCCGCUUCUUGAAGAUCUUGCAUCAGGGACCCUGAACUCCGAAUCUAUUCAACGAAUUUCUAAGGUACACGAUCAGUAUUUGGAGUUUGUAACCCUGGAGGAUAAUCUGUUCUCUUUAGCAGAUAAAUCUUGUUAUGUGCAACUAAAUGAUCCCAAAGCAACAGACCAUGAGAUUGAAGCAAUAAUUGAGAAGCUCGUCAGUGGGCUGUUUUGUGUUUUGGCUACACUCGCUGUUGUUCCAAUCAUUAGGUGCCCACGUGGUGGUCCGGCUGAGAUGGUGGCAUCAUUGCUUGAUCAGCGAUUGCGUGAUCAUUUGCUUGUUAAGAAUAACUUGUUUUCCGAAAGUGGAAACUUUACCAGUUCAUUUCAGAGGCCAGUUUUAUGUUUGUUUGAUCGAAACCUCGAGUUAUCAGUUGCCAUCCAGCAUGACUUUAGAUAUCGGCCUCUUGUUCAUGAUGUGCUUGGAUUAAGGCUGAAUAGACUGAGUGUACAAGGAGACAAAGGUGGGAUGAAGUCCUUCGAAUUGGACAGGCUAGAUCCUUUCUGGGUAGCUAAUGGAUCUUUGGAGUUCCCUGAAGUUGCUGUUGAGAUCGAGACACAAUUGAACAAAUAUAAGAGAGAUGUAGAUGAAGUUAACAGGCGAACUGGUGGUAAUGAUGGCGCUGAAUUCGACGGUACAGAUCUAAUCGGAAACACAAAGCAUUUGAUGAAUGCGGUCAACUCACUACCUGAGUUGACAGAGCGCAAGCAAGUGAUCGAUAAGCACACAAACAUUGCAACUGUUUUGCUUGGAGAAAUCAAGGAAAGAUCUCUUGAUUCUUUUGCAAAGAAAGAGUAUGAGAUGAUGGUCAGAGGUGGCAUUGACCGUGGUGAACUUCUUGCUGUUCUUAAAGGAAAGGGUACUAAAAUGGAUAAGCUUCGGUUUGCUAUCAUGUUCCUUAUUUCAACCGAAACCAUCCCUCAGUUAGAAGUGGAAACGGUCGAAUCUGCAUUGAGAGAAGCCGAAGUGGACACUAGUGCAUUUCAGUAUGUUAAAAAGAUCAAAUCAUUAAAUGUUUCAUUAGCAUCAGCAAAUUCUGCUAGCAGAAGCAACAUUGUUGAUUGGGCUGAGAAGCUUUAUGGUCAAUCUAUCAGUGCUGUAACUGCAGGUGUGAAGAAUUUGUUGUCUAGCGAUCAUCAAUUGGCAAUGGCAAGAACAGUUGAAGCCCUGAUGGAAGGAAAGCCGAAUCCUGAGAUUGAAUCUUAUCUCAUGUUUGACCCGCGUGCUCCAAAGUCAAGCUCGGCAGCGAGCAGUGGUCAUAUGAAAGGACCAUUUAAAGAAGCAAUUGUGUUUAUGAUCGGGGGUGGAAACUAUGUGGAAUAUGGAAGUUUGCAAGAGCUUGCACAGCGGCAGCAGCCACCUAAACAUAUAAUAUAUGGGACGACAGAAAUUCUGACAGGUGGCGAGUUUGUUGAUCAGCUUGCACUGCUGGGUCAAAAGAUGGGUUUGGGUGGUACCAGUGCUGCUCCUGCUCCUGCUCACUGAAAUGCAUAUUUUUUUGUGACCAAAUAGAUGGAUCUUUGAAUGAAAUCGCUCAUUGUCAUCAGGUCAGAGCACUGAGUUAAUUACAUUUGGUGACGAUUUGGUUCUUUCCUUGGAUACGAUAAAAGAUUGCCUCCUGAAAUCUUUAGACCUGUGAGUUGAUUUCUGCUACUCUUUAUUAUUUUGUUGGUCUUAAUGUUUGAGACAUUAUUGUAGCUUGAUCUAGGUAUAUGGUUAAAAUCUCAAUUUUUUCGUUGAUUCAUAUUGUCAUGUUCAUUGAACUGCUCAACUUUGUUGGUUUUCAAGUAAAGUUCAGUUCAAAAUCUCUUUUUGUGAA